AUGAGAGGUUUCAAUAGACCACGAAAAAGUCAAGGGAGAGACUUGUUUUAUCAAACUCCGAGUCCGACUAAUUUUUCGGAAGAAGAGAUACAACGAAACAUCGAGUUCUUGAAGAAACUGCAAGAGGCAGAUGAUAAAACACUCUACCCUGGAUACGAACGUAUGAUGCAGCGUUAUCUAUCUGGCUCUAUAACCUACGUCCAACUCAGACGCGGACUGUUUGUCCUUCUCUGUAGAGACAGAGGUCUGGCCAAAGAGCUUCGUCAGCUUUUGUCGUAUUUUGCUUCUCCUGUAAGAAACCACUACAAGAAAGAGGACCCGAAAUAUGAAUUGGAACGCUCGGUUGCGUUCUUGCGCAAAGUCGAAGCGUUGGGAGAGAGUGUGUACAAGGCUUUUAUGGAUGCGUUAGGGUUUAGUGGUGACAAGGAGGUAAUGAUUGAACAGCUACGCGAGAUUUUACGCGGUCACGAGUCUCUUAAAGAGGAGCUUGAAACGUUCUUGAUCGAUAACCGUUUACUCAACCGCAAACGCGACUGCGUGAACGACAGGCCGUCGUAUUGGUUUAGACCUGAAGUUGAAAAGGGAUCUUCCUCUGGUCCGGUUUUAAAAUGGAAAUACAACUCUGGAGGUUCGUAUCGUCCUGAGGACUCAAUGGAGAAGAGGAGUGAGGCUUGUCGCGACGAGAAAAUGAACAGGUUCGAGGACAUGUUAUUGCAUGACCUAGAUUCGUUUAUUGAGUUUGGGAAGGUAUCGAAGGAUGACUUGAGAAACAAGAGACAUCGUGAGAUGCCGCGGGUAGGAUUGAGUGGACUCUUAGAAUGGUUAUGCAACGGUAAGAAGGUUCCACCAGGAUUUUAA